AUGAGGAGCUUGGAAGCGUUUCUUUUCGAUGGUGGAAAGGAAACUGGGCACAAGAAAAUAUUGAUGUCCGACGUGGUUGUGACGAGGAAGAGGAACCUAUUUCGUGGCCGUAAGUGGAAUACUUUGGACGUCAUAACAGUUCUUUGGAUCACAGCUGCUCAUAUAUUGACGUUAUUUGCACCAUUUGCGUUUACUUGGGGCGCAUUUUGGGCAGGAUUUUGGUGCUAUGUUUUAUGCGGGUUGCUUGGUCUGACUCUCUCCUAUCAUCGAAAUCUAGCACACCGAAGUUUUAAGUUGCCUAAAUGGCUUGAAUAUACAUUUGCUUAUUUUGGGGUUCAAGCUGCUCAGAGGGACCCAAUAUUUUGGGUGAGCAUACAUAGAUCACACCAUCAAUACGUUGAAUCAGAUAAAGAUCCACACUCCCCGACCUAUGGUUUUUGGUUUAGUCAUAUGGGUUGGCUCUUCGAUAGUGGCUACAUUGUCCAGAAGUAUAAAGAACGUAAAAAUGUCGAAGAUUUAAAGAGUCAAGCAUUCUAUAGGUUCAUCAAGAGAACUUAUUUAUGGCAUGUACUCGGAUUUGCAGCCAUUGUCUAUGCAGUUGGUGGAUUUCCCUACCUUGUUUGGGUUAUGGGUGUGAGACUCACAUGGAGUUACCACUGGACGUUUCUAGUGAACUCAGCGUGCCAUAUAUGGGGAUACCAAGCUUGGAACACCGAUGAUCUCUCUAAGAACAACUGGUGGGUGGCCAUAGUUACUUUUGGAGAAGGGUGGCAUAACAAUCAUCAUGCAUUUGAGUAUUCAGCUCGAUUUGGGUUAGAAUGGUGGCAGCUUGACCUUUGUUGGUGGUUUAUACGGGUUCUUGAAGCAGUAGGGUUAGCCACCAAUGUUAAGUUGCCAACCGAAGCUCACAAGCUUAGGAAAUCCUUUGCGUCUACGCUAGAAACGAAUUUGAAGUGA